CUGUCAUUAAAAUUUUAAAACAAAAUUAAUAGAGUUUACACGUCUUGCGUGCAUGCGCAACAAGUUUACGUAAUGUUGCCGUCAGCUGAUCCAUUACAAAAAGAAAUGUCAGUUAUAUGUCAUCGCAUGUUUUCACGUUUUUAAUUGCGUUUAAUUUAUUUGUGACAGAUUCGAAAUGCGAUAAGUAUUUCUUGUAGAUAUAAAAUCUGUAUAAUCCGUUUGAAGGAUGAACGCAUGUGGACGUCCGCUACGGAAAAUAUUUUUGAAAUUGUAAUCAGCAUCACAAUCAGCUAUUAGAAUUCCUAAUCUUGACUUUGGAGUUCCAUUUUGUGUUUUUACAAUUUGAAUUUUGAUGGAUGGCCGUAACGUCUAGAGACGAGUGUCAAAUUAUCUCAAACCUCAUAGAUACACGUUAAUCCGUUCAGUCGAUUCCGAUUAUAUCGCGAUGAGCCAACAAGCUAUCCUAAAACUUUACAAAGGCAUUUUAAGAUACGGCGAAACUUUGAAAUUUACGAACAAAAAGUAUUUUCGGUACAGGAUCCGGACAACUUUCAAGAAUAAUAAAAAUCUGUCCGACGAGACGGCGAUAAAUUUCCAAUUGAAGAAGGGUAUGAAAUUCUUGGAAGCUAGGAAAGUGAUAUAGGUUGCGUUUUACUGCACAAGAUAUCGUAUGAAAGCAAAAAGAGGAAUCAUGUUGAUUAAAUCCAUAUUGAUUUGUCCAAAAA